AUUUUUAUCGAUCAAAUUAUUUUUCAAUCCAGACCGUUCAAAAUAACAUUUAUCGUAAAUUUUAUUUACGGAUUGCUCUGUAUGAAAGUUUUCCUAUAUUCAAAUACCUAUAAAGAAUUGAUAAUUCGAAUUUAUUAGACCUUCCCCUCUCUCAAUUUGUAACCCUUUCUCUCUCUCCGUUUUUGCCGCAAAGAAGAUACAGCCAUGGCUGCAUCUUCAACUGAUUCCAAACCCACAUCAAACAGCAUUCAAUACGAGGGAGAGGAUGGUAACGAGGAGAACGGUCUGAAGAAACACGUCUCUUUCUUCGAUCGGAACAAAGACGGAGUUAUCUAUCCUUGGGAAACUUAUCAAGGUUUUCGUGCAAUUGGCUGUGGUAUUUUCUUUUCCACCUUCGCUGCCAUUUUCAUCAAUGUGGGUCUUAGUCGCAAAACUCGCCCUGGUAAAUUCCCUUCUCUACUCUUCCCAAUUGAGAUCAAUAAUAUCCAUAAAGCCAAGCAUGGGAGUGACACCGGUGUCUCUGACGGAGAAGGAAGGUUUGUCAACUCAAAGUUCGAGGAGAUUUUUAACAAGCACGCGCGAAUGAAUACAAAUGCCUUAACAUCAGGCGAACUAAACGCAAUGCUGCUGGCAAACAGGGCUCCAAAGAACUUUGGAGGAUGGCUUGGAAGCUACGUAGAGUGGAAGAUCUUACACAGCCUUUGCAAGGACAAGAAUGGUUUGCUGCAUAAAGAUACAAUCCGAGCUGUUUACGAUGGAAGCUUGUUCGAACAAAUGGCAAAGGAGAAGGCUUCAUCUGGGAAAUAUGAGUAAAUAUAUUCACUCGAAAAAUGCAAAAUUGCUCGGCUAAUUGAUAACGUUGGGGUGUGAUGGUUGAUGGUCUUGAUUGUAAACCUCUAUAUACAUGUUGGUUAUGAUGGGAGACCGUCUGUUAGAACGAUAUCUGGUUAGUUGCUCUUCCGCUAUAACAUCGCGUCACCUUUAA